AUCCCCACCACCCUCCCCCAAAGAGAAAAAAAAAAUCCCAAUCUCCAGUGCUUGCUGGAUGAAUGUUCUAGCUGUAGAUAGACUGUCGGUGCCCAGCAUAAAGCUAACACUCUGUUCUUCCCCCUCCCUCCCUGUGUCACCCACCCUCCAUAGGACUUGCACUGGGCUCCACUUCCACUAAGAGAAGAACAAGGGAAGAGGCACUAAGAGGACCAACCGAUUACAGACCCCCCUUGCCCUGUUACUUGACCAGUCUACACAAAGAAAAGAGGUGGUGGUCAUCAUGGCGGUAUGUAGGAGCUUCUAAUUACCUUUGCAGAAGGUGUCAUGCUGAAGGAAGCUCGGGGGUGGAGAAGAGCCAGUCUGAACAAGUGGAGGUAACAGUCUUCAUCCAGGAGCCAGCUGCACAACCUAGAGGAAGUCUACCUGAUUCUUGUGGGGAGAGAGGAUCUUGACAAGCCAACAUGGCUACCUUGAUCAGGAGCAAACUGUCCAAUGUGGCCACCUCGGUAUCCAACAAGUCCCAGGCCAAGGUUAGUGGGAUGUUUGCCAGGAUGGGCUUCCAGGCGGCCACUGAUGAAGAGGCUCUUGGCUUUGCCCGCUGUGAUGACCUGGACAUGGAUCACAGGCAAGGUCUUCAGAUGGACAUCCUAAAGACCGAGGUCCCUACAGGCGAUGCCCCUGCAGAGGGGGACACCCACUACCAAAGAGAUGGCAAUGGACCCCCUACAUCUGACUCUAAAGAUGAAGGGAUAUGCUCAGAAUUAGGUGGAGCUGGAAAGCCUAAAAUAACAGCUUGGGAGGCCGGAUGGAAUGUCACCAACGCCAUCCAGGGGAUGUUUGUGUUGGGAUUACCCUACGCAAUUCUACACGGUGGAUACCUGGGACUGUUCCUCAUCAUUUUUGCUGCAGUGGUGUGUUGUUACACAGGAAAGAUUCUCAUUGCUUGCUUGUAUGAAGAGAAUGAAGACGGAGAGAUUGUAAGGGUUAGGGACACCUACGUGGACAUUGCCAACGCCUGCUGCUCACCGAGGUUUCCAAAACUUGGAGGAAGGAUUGUCAAUGUGGCUCAGAUUAUUGAACUGGUCAUGACGUGCAUCCUGUAUGUGGUGGUCAGCGGAAACUUGAUGUAUAACAGCUUCCCAACCCUACCAGUUUCUCAGAAGUCCUGGUCAAUUAUAGCCACCGCUGCGCUUCUACCAUGUGCAUUCCUCAAAAACCUUAAGUCUGUCUCCAAGUUCAGCUUGCUCUGCACCUUAGCUCAUUUCGUCAUUAAUGUCCUAGUGAUUGCCUACUGUCUGUCCAGAGCUAGAGACUGGGCUUGGGACAAAGUCAAAUUUUACAUUGAUGUAAAGAAAUUUCCUAUCUCCAUCGGUAUCAUCGUCUUCAGCUACACCUCCCAGAUCUUCCUGCCUUCCCUGGAAGGGAACAUGCAACAACCUAAAGAAUUCCACUGCAUGAUGAACUGGACCCACAUUGCCGCUUGCAUCCUCAAGGGUCUUUUUGCUCUGGUGGCUUAUCUGACCUGGGCAGAUGAAACCAAGGAGGUCAUAACAGACAACCUACCCUCUACUAUCAGAGCCGUGGUUAACUUAUUUCUGGUGUCCAAAGCUUUGCUGUCCUACCCACUUCCCUUCUUUGCCGCGGUGGAGGUCUUGGAAGGUUCUCUCUUUCAGGAGGGGAGCAGGGCCUUAUUUCCAAACUGCUACGGGGGUGAUGGGAAACUAAAAGCUUGGGGACUCUCUCUCAGAUGUGCCCUAGUUGUUUUUACCUUGCUCAUGGCCAUUUAUGUGCCCCACUUUGCCCUUUUGAUGGGUCUCACCGGCAGCCUCACAGGAGCUGGUCUCUGUUUCCUCCUUCCAAGCCUCUUCCAUCUCAAGCUUCUUUGGAGGCAGCUCCAGUGGCACCAUGUCUUUUUCGAUGUUUCCAUCUUUGUCAUUGGCUCCAUCUGUAGCGUAUCUGGUUUUGUGCAUUCUUUAGAGGGUCUAAUAGAAGCCUUUACAUAUAAUAUAGAGGGUUAAGGAAGAGACAGCAAAAUUGGGCAUCAGCAUCACUAAUAAAUAUGCAUCAGUUUCUACUGACAUCCCCAUUCUGGCUAUUCGCAUCAGUGGCUGCCUUUAGGUGGCAUCGUCAGCACAUUGCUGUUUAAAUGUGUUGCUGGGAAAUGCUGGCAGCUGAUAGGCUGAAACAUGCUUGUACCAUUUUCUAUUCCCCCCAAGGAAAAAGCUCACACAAAAAUAGACCUGUAUAUGUAUCAAAAGGAAAUAUUUUAUUUUUGUUAUAUUUAUUUAGAGUCGAUAUAAUUUGAACAAAAAAAAAUGAUAAAUUAUGAUGGAUAUAUAAAAAAAAUAUAUAUAUAUAGAGAGAGAGAUAGUUAUAACUGAAUGCAAUGGUGAUAAUUCUAAACUAAGAAAGGGUUUGCAUGUUUUGCUCAUCGCCCAUCCUUUAAUUCAGAUUAUAAAGCAAACCACAAUGUUCGACUGCAAGUAAUGCCUCUAAAGCAGAUUUUUACAACCAUUGAGGUAGGGAUGGGGAUAUUACUAACGCAGAGCCUUUUAGUAUAAUCUCUGUGAUAUUGUUUGGGGUGUCUUGUUUUUCCAAGCACAAAAUCGACUCAAAUGCGGUAAUUUAUUAAUUAAAUUGCGCAGAGCAAUGACGGAAAUUCACUGGCAGCAGACAGUCAGAAAGGGGCUUUCAAGCUGAAUUCCAGCCAAAUAGCUAAAAAA